UAUUUUUUUAUUUAUUUAUAUAAUUUUAUUUUUAAAAUUAUUAUGUUUUACAAGAGUAAAUAUAUAGAGUGUUAUAAAUUGUUAAUUUUCUCAUAUUGAAUUCCUAAGUUCCUAUCAACAACCCAUACGAACAGUUUACCUCGUGGGGUCUUUUCAGUUUACGUUUGUUUAAAAUGGCUGCCGUUGUUGACGAAGUGGGGAAAUCUGCGGAAAAACAAAUUGAUGAAGAGAUAAAUGAUGAAAUAAAUGAUGAAGAUGUUGAAAACGGGGCAUCGGAAGCCUCUAAAAAAAAGAAGCGAAAGAAGAAGAAGAAGAAAGCAGGAGCAGGAGAGGCUUCUGCUGAUGUUCCAGGUGAAGAUGAAAAUGCUCCAAAUGAUGCUGCAGAAGAGAUAGCAGAAAUUGAUCUCAAUGAAAAAGAUGAAACUAAAAAGAAGAAGAGGAGGAAUCGUGGAAAAUCUAAAAAGCAGACUGACCCUCCUACUAUUCCUGUUUCUAAUCUCUUUUCAGAGGGAAAUUUCCCUGUUGGACUUGAAAUGAUGUAUCCAGGGGAUGAAAGAAAAGCUAAAGACAGAUUCACUAAUGAAGAAAUGCGUGCCCUUGAUCGUCUUCAUAAUGAUAUAUAUAACGAAGCAAGACAAGCUGCUGAGGCUCACAGACAGACUCGGAAACAUAUUCAGAAAUGGGUCAAGCCUGGCAUUACUAUGAUUGAGUUGUGUGAAGAGCUUGAAAAAACAGCACGUUUGCUGAUUAAAGAGGAAGGUUUAAAAGCUGGCUUGGCCUUUCCGACGGGCUGUUCUCGUAAUCAUUGUGCUGCUCAUUACACUCCUAAUGCUGGCGAUCCAACAGUUUUACUUUAUGAUGAUGUCACUAAGAUUGAUUUUGGAACUCAUAUUAAUGGAAGAAUAAUUGAUUGUGCAUGGACCUUAUCUUUUAAUCCUAAGUACGAUAAACUUAUUGAAGCUGUAAGGGAAGCAACUAACACUGGAAUAAAAGAAGCAGGAAUAGAUGUUCCUCUCUGUGAAAUAGGAGCUGCUAUCCAAGAGGUGAUGGAGUCCUAUGAAGUUGAGAUUGAUGGCAAGACGUAUCCUGUAAAGUCAAUUCGCAAUCUCAAUGGGCAUUCUAUUGCUCCAUACAGAAUCCAUGCUGGAAAGACUGUUCCAAUAGUCAAAGGUGGUGAGGCAACUGUAAUGGAAGAAAAUGAGUUUUACGCCAUUGAAACUUUUGGAUCAACAGGUCGUGGUGUGGUGCAUGAUGAUAUGGAUGUUUCACAUUAUAUGAAAAACUUUGAUGCUGGCUUUGUUCCUCUCAGAAUUCAGUCUUCAAAACAGUUGCUGAAUGUGAUAAAUAACAAUUUUGGAACGUUAGCAUUUUGUAAACGGUGGUUGGAUCGUUUAGGCCAGACUAGGUAUCAGAUGGCUUUAAAAGAUCUGUGUGAUAAAGGUGCUGUCGAGGCCUAUCCGCCUUUAUGUGAUAUAAAAGGAUGCUACACUGCCCAGUUCGAACACACUAUUGUUCUCCGUCCUACCUGUAAGGAAGUCAUCAGCAAAGGGGAUGACUAUUAGGAUUUUUAUGAACAAAAGAAUUUUAAAUAUGUUAUUGUUCAGUUGUAUAUAUCUUGAAUAAUUAAAUAUUUAAGUUGAAUCAAUUAAUAAAUCAUUGAUUUGGUUUUAUUUUA